AUGACACCAAACUCCACAAACAAGAACUUGAUCAUGGGAUCACAAGUAACAGAGCAUGGUUCUACUACUUUGAGGUUACUUAUGUUCCCAUGGUUAGCUUAUGGACACAUUUCGCCAUUUCUAAACGUAGCCAAGAAACUCGCGGACAGGGGAUUCUUGAUUUACCUAUGUUCUACUCCGAUUAAUCUCAAAUCCACCAUCAACAAAAUCUCUGAAAAGUAUGUUGAUUUGAUUCACCUUAUCGAACUUCACUUACCAGAAUUACCCAAACUUCCUCCUCAUUACCAUACGACUAAUGAACAUUCCAGCAGUGGGCUACUAACUUUCAGUGCAGCUGUGACUUCGUAUUUUGUCAACUUAGUAAAGAAACCAGGAGUUAAAUUCCCUGUCCCUGAUAUUUAUCUCAGGAAAAUUGAACAAGUAAAAUUGGGUGAAAUGUUGGAAAAAUCUGCUAAAGAUCAAGAACCUGAUGAUGAAGAACGUUUAGUGGAUGGAUAUAUACAAAUCGCGCUUAUAUGUACCUCUAGAACUAUAGAGGCCAAAUACAUAGAUUUUCUUUCUGAAUUGAGCAAUAUGAAAAUUGUUCCAGUUGGUCCACCAGUCCAAGAUUUGAUCACUAAUGACGCGGACGACAUGGAGCUCAUGGAUUGGCUAGGAACAAAAGAUGAGAAUUCAACUGUUUUUGUCUCCUUUGGGAGUGAGUAUUUCUUGUCAAAAGAAGAUAUGGAAGAGGUAGCUUUCGGGUUGGAGUUAAGUAAUGUUAAUUUCAUAUGGGUUGUAAGAUUUCCAAAAGGGAAAGAGCAAAAUCUCGAAGAUGCUUUACCAAAAGGUUUUCUUGAAAGAAUUGGAGAAAGGGGAAAAGUUUUGGACAAAUUCGCACCACAACUACGAAUUCUAAAUCAUACAAGUACGGGAGGAUUUAUAAGUCAUUGUGGUUGGAAUUCAGUAAUGGAAAGUAUAGAUUUCGGGGUUCCUAUAAUUGCCAUGCCUAUGCAUCUUGAUCAACCAAUGAAUGCUAGGUUGAUUGUAGAAUUGGGAGUUGCGGUGGAGAUUGUUAGAGAUGAUGAUGGCAAAAUUCACAAAGGAGAAAUCGCGGAAACUAUUAAAAAUGUCAUAAUAGAGAAAACAGGGGAAAAAUUGAGGGGCAAAAUGAGAGAUAUUAGCAAGAAUUUAAAAUGGGAGUUGCGGUGGAGAUUGUAG